ACCCAAGGAGGAAAUACCAUGUGAAACUGUUGGCAUUAAGCCUUGUAGGAGAUGGUUACCAGGCCGACCAGACACUCAGCACCCCAGGAUGUGUGUCUGUACGAGAUCAUCCAGUGGCCUCCCCUCCAGCCCCGGACCAUGUGAUUGCGGUGGCUAACAGCUCGUCAGCGGUGUACCUGCGAUGGAGCCGUCCUGCCUUCUCCUCUAGGAAGGCUGUCAGCUACACAGCUCGCUGUACCCCUGUGGGCCUGAUGAACGCAUCAGCCAUACGCUACAUACAGACUACCAACCAGAGUGUGCUGAUACAGAGCCUGGACUCCAACACUCGCUACGAGUUAGUGGUGCGUCUUCAUGUCGACCAACUGGCCAGUCCCUGGAGCACGGUUGUCUUUCAGAGGACUCUACCAGCAGCGCCCAGCCACCCUCCUGAAGGUGUGAGGGUGAGUCUGAUUGAGGACGGCACAGCCCUGGUUUCCUGGAGAGAACCAGAGGAGAACAACCUGGCAGUGACGCACUACACCAUCCUGUACGCCUCACAGAGGGCCUGGCUGGCCGGAUACUGGCAGACGCUGCAGAGGGAGGGAAGUAACACCAUGGCCCUGCUGGAGCGUCUGGAGCCUGGUAACGUCUACCUGGUGAAGAUCUCUGCCUCCAACCAGGUGGGAGACGGGCCCUUCUCUACUACUGUGGAGCUGGCCCUGGGGCCUGGGUCUAGACACAGAGGGAAGAGCCCCAGGCACUCAGGCAGCGCAUCCUCCUCAGACACCACAG